AUGGCUGAUGCCCAAAACCGAUAUUACCCCCUGGACUCUUCGCUGGCUCGAAGACACAGGGGAAGACUUAAUCCCAUAAUUGAGGAGGACAGCGACGAUGGCGCGGGUCAGAACAGGGGCAGAGCGAGACGUACAGAUGAACUCAAGAUCGAGGCGUGGCUCACACCGAUAAGCGAUCACUUUCCCACGCCACGAGGAAUGCAUUAUCUGUCUGCCCCCGUUCUCCCAUCUUCGCCCUCCACCAACUCGGCUACCGACACUUCCCCAACGGCAUCCACCAACCCCUGGAACCGCCAGAGCGUCAUGACCGAGGCCACCGAGUUUGAGGAUCUCUACGAUGUGACGGAUGAGGAUGAGGAAAGUUUCCCUCCGCGGAGGGACUCUCUGAAGUCGAGGCAGGCCCCGACUCAGCAAUCCUCAACCAAGCAACCAACACGGCUCAUCAUCCCCCAAACACCUGGCAACUCUGUUGAACCGUGGUCCGCCGUAGAGAGCAUCAAGAAGACGUUGGCUUCUCCAGUGCCUCUGACUCCUUCCGCCAAGCUCCCAAUGUCACCAGCUCAGGUGACAUUCAUGGAUCAGCAGCAUGCCACAAUAACACCAACCAUAUCAGCGCCUCCAUCUCUCGACGGCAGCUUGACAUCUGAGCAGCUCGCGGCCAUGAGCGCUCCCCCGACUCCUGUCAUGGAAGGUGAUGAUACAGCCGCUGAGGAUGCUUGGUCUGGAGUGCAGCUGCAGCCUGGUGCUCUGGCUACUCUCCAUGCCCUCUCCAGCGGAGAGAAUCCUCACGAGCAACCCGCUCAGGUUCUUGAAGUUCCCCAGCCUGAACCGGCUACCAGCGAGAUGCGACAACACCGACCACGACUGAUGACAAACCUCCACCCGCUGCAGGUAGAUGGCAGAAGCUUCUCUCCCAGGCGAAACCGACAGUCGCUCGCCGAGCUGACGAGACUCGACAUUCCCUCGCCAAGCAACUUCUUCUCUGGCUUGUCUCCCCGGUCCCGGAAUACCUGGCACAUCCCUUCCAGGACCCCAGAGGAGAUGGCUCCUCCAACUUCGACAACCGCUGAGCAGUUCUACCGAUGUCCCUGGAACACGACAAACACGACUACCUCGGUGCCUUCCAUUCCCGUUCGCAAAGACUCUGCCGAGGAGUUCUACCGCAAUGUCAGGUUCACACCCGCCGCUGCCUCAGAGGCCAUUGUUGAGCAAGUCAUUGAGUUGAAGGAGGAGGAUGACUUCUCGGAUGAUAUGCCCACUGCUCGCCCUGCCUUUGCGCACAGCACGGCCGCCUCUACUGUCGAGACCCCAAACAUGCCGCCUUCGCCUAUGGUCGAGGACGCCCCUAUCGAGAUUGUCGUCGAUUACGAUCCCGACUAUGCUCGCAAGCAACAGAAGGAGGCUCUCGCACACCUUGACCGUACUGAGCUCUGGCUCGGUGCCCAGCGAGCCUACCUCCGCGGCGUGCAAGACGAUACCCCUGAAGACGAGGGUGGCUUGAACACUAUUGCUGAGGAAGCUGAGGAGGAUUCCCCGAGAAGCCCCAAGAUCCAGCUCCAGCUUAAGCCUCAUGUCCAGCCUGAACAGCCCGUUACUUCCAACAGGAAGACAGUCCGCUUCUCCAACCUCAUCUCGACGUCGGAGCAUCCCAAGCGCCUGCCUUCCAUGCUUGUUCGACGAGAGUCUGCCUACUACCGAGCCUUCCAGGACUAUGUUGUCCGCACCCAUCGCCAGGAUGUCUUUGUUCACCAGCUCGCCCGCUUCGAGGCCAUCCAGGCCCAGCGUGUUUCUCUUCGCGAUGCUCACCGCAACCAGCUGCUCGGAAAGUACCAGCUCAGCGUGGUUCCUCAGUCUGCCAAGAAGCGACUCAGCGCCAACGUCGCUCGUGGUGAUGACACCAUCAUCGAUGACCCUGAGAAGCUCCGCCGGGAGAAGGAGGCCGAGGCCAUGAACCAGAUGACCGUUGCUGCUUGGCAUGUCGCUGCCAUGAAGAUGCUCAAUGGCGGCCGUCUCAUCUCUGCCCCUGUGACGAAGCGACUCGCUCGCCUCUCUCGGGUGGCUCCCAACGAGAAUGGUGUAACCCGCGACCGCGCCAGGGUCUUGGAUCUUGGUGGACAGGCUACCUGUGACUGGGCAUGGCACUGCGCCCUCCAGUUCCCGACUACCAAGGUCUACACUGUCACUACCAAGGCGAUCCGCCAGUUGUCCAACUGCAACGUGCGCGGACCUCCCAACCAUCGCCAGGUGGCUGUCGAGCGAUUGUCUCGGCUCCCUUUCUCAGACAAUUACUUCGACCUCAUCUCUGCCAGGGAGCUUCACAGCAUCCUCAAGUUUGUCGGCGAGAACGGUGAAGACGAGUGGGAAGGUUGCCUCAGGGAGUGCAUGCGUGUGCUCAAGCCUGGCGGCUAUCUCGACUUCUCCCUUCUCGACUCUGACAUCAUCAACGCCGGCCCUGUUGGCUUGGCCAAGAGCGUCGAGUUUGGCUUCGCUCUCAAAACUCUUGGGUAUGAUCCCAACCCAACCAAGCUGUGGCUUGGCCGCCUGGCUCGUGCCGGCUUCCAGGAUACCCGCCGCAUCUGGAUGUGCUUGCCGAUGGGGGCCCGGCGAAGCAUGUACAGGCCACCCACCCCUCCUCUGAAGGACAACGUCAAUGGCGAGGAGGCUAGGACGUGUAGACUCGAGGCCAUGGUGAUGGGUAGCAGCGACGACAUCGCCAGCGCGUGCAGCCUUGUUGGUGGUUGGAGCUGGGAGCGGUGGCUGCUGCGCUGCGAGAUGGAAAAGGUCUCUGGUGAGCUUCGACUUGCCGACACGGUGACGACAGGCGCUGCCAUGGAAGAAGCUGGCAAGUGUCUGGAUGGCGUCGCCGCAGUGUUCGAGGAGGGUCGAAACUGCAAGUCAGGUUUCCGCAUGCUCACCGGCUAUGCUCGAAAGCCCAGAGCUGGUGAGACGAUCAAGAUUGGUCUACGCGGGUAA